ACCUCAUCUCUAUACCCCACACAUACAAUUACCUCAUCUCUAUACCCCACACAUACAAUUACCUCAUCUCUAUACCCCACACAUACAAUUACCUCAUCUCUAUACCCCACACAUACAAUUACCUGUAUUGUUCCUCAGUCGAGUAUUUCAAACACAGAUUCCACCUCAAAGACCAGAGGUUUUCCAAAUCCUCACAAAGAAGGGGGCACCUAUUGGUAGAUGAGUUAAAAAAUAUAUUUUUAAAAAGCAUCAAAACACCCAGUCACUACAACGAUACAGGUGUCCUUCCUAAUUAGCCAUGCUCAACAAUCAAUUUGACAGGGCUUGAAGAAUUAAAAAAGAAUAAUAGACAAAUGUUCCACAAUCCAGGUGUGGAAUGCUGUGUCACCAGAAAGACACACAGCUGUAAUUGCUGCCCAAUGGUGCUUCUACAAAGUAGACUCUUGUGGGAAUGCUUACGGAAAUUAGAUUUUUGUAUUUCAUUUAAUACAUUUGCAAAAAUGUCUAAAAACAUGUUUUCACUUUAUUAAGGGGUAUUGUGUGUAGAUGGGUGAGAGAAAAUAUUUAAUCCAUUUGUAUUCAGACUAACAACAAACUGUAGAAUAGGUCAAGGGGUAUGAAUACUUUCUGAAGGCACUGUAUGAUCUAUCACGUAAACCGUGUUCACAUUGGCAGUGAUUCUAAUCCAAUAUAUUUUCAUAUCCGAUAUCCGAUUCAAGUCUGUUAUUUUUCCUGAAGUCUGAAUUGUUCACAAACAAAUUAGUGAAUGUGCUAGAAAGCUGAACAGCUAUAGUACCCAGCUAGCUAGUUGACUUUUGUGGCUAGCUAGCUAGUUGACUGCUGUGACUAGCUCGCUAGUUGACUGCUGUGACUAGCUCGCUAGUUGACUGCUGUGACAAGCUCGCUAGUUGACUGCUGUGACUAGCUCGCUAGUUGACUGCUGUGACAAGCUCGCUAGUUGACUGCUGUGACUAGCUCGCUAGUUGACUGCUGUGACUAGCCAAAAAGGACUCGUUUUGAAAGUUGGAUCAUCUUAUCCUUUGAGGCUUUAAAUGUGUUCUUACCCUAUGAUUUUGAGCAUUCAAAGCAACUGGGGAACAUCCAUGGCAUGUAUUGUUGUCUUGCUACAUAACUUCUGAUAGGAACCCUGAGCACCACCACCAGUCAGCCUUCCCCACUGCGCACACUCAUCGUUAUGACAACAAGCGUAGCCUUGUCAGCAAAUGAAUGCUGUCUGAAUACACACAAAUUCUAUUUGGUCACUUGUAACUUGCUGUUUGGACAGUCAGUAGUCCAAAAUGGAUUUGAAAAACGACAUUGAUUUGAGCAUUAAGGCCUGCAGGGUGAACAAGGCCUUAGUUCACCAUCACUGUCAGUGACAUUUCAGUUCUGGAAAUAACCCAAACGGGCACAAGCUGCUAAAGGUGAAGGUAGAAGUUCCAGUUUCUCAGUCUGAGUCAAACAGCAAAGCGCCAGUCUGUGUGUAGGCUAGCCACUAGAUCAUCACUCCACUACACAGGAAGUGCAGUGUGGUAAUUGAGGUUCAGCACAAGUGAAACCCAGGUAUAAAGAAGGUAGGUGCUCAGUUAGUCAUUUCCCAGAUUGGUCCACUACUUCAAGGAACUAAGAUGACAUCAUUUUGGGGUUGUCAAAAAUCUCCAGUUGGUAGAGGAUGAUGUGCCAGUUUGGACAAAAUAAUGAAAUAAAUUGGACAACACAAACAUAUGAUCUAAUUGUGUAUGAAUGCUAUAAUAAAAUAAUGGAUUUAAUCUUUUUGGGGUCAGUUUUCCAGUUGUAAUUUGUAAAAAAAAAAAAAAUACAAAUUAUAAUAUUUUAUGGAGAAAAAAUAUAUAUUUUAAGGGAAAAAUAUAUAUCUUUUAAGGAAAGAUAUUUAUGUUUUUGAAUUCAGUUUAUCCCAGUGGUUUGACCUACUGAUUCCUGUUAUUGAGAACUGUAGUUACUAAGAAAUAUCUGCAUUCACACACAUCUAUAGACAAAACUAUGUGUCAGUGAGAACACUAAUACAAAACAUUCCUUGGUGAUAUUAACAUACACGGUAUGCUGAAUUGGUCAUAAAUGCAAGGAUGUUGUUGUUGCAUUGUUCUGACAUGUAACUGUUACAUUACUUUAUGAAGGUUUACUCAAUUCCAGGUUCCUCAUGUGGACAGUGGAAUCCCCCAGGCUAGUAUCUCACAUCUCUUUUCUCACAGGCCUUUUGAUAUCAUCUAAGCCCUCUAUAUUUUCCUCCAAACAUCAGUAUCUUCCAACCCACUCCUCUUCACACUACGCUCUCGCUCAGAAUGACAGGUGCACAGAACUACCCCACGCCCACAGAGGCUCAGUAUGCCGUACUCUACCCCCCAGUCCUGUACCCACUACAGGCAUGGGUGGACUUCGGACCCCUCCCACCUAGAGAGUGUAACCAUGUGGGAGAGCCAGGUAACUAUCUAUCCCGUCCUGCAAUAGCAAGGAAAGAGGGGAAUCUAUCAUGCUGGUGGAUUAAUCAGGUCUUUCCUCGUAUUACUGCCAAUUACAAUAAAAUGUUAAUGCAAAAUUGAACAUUUCUGCUGGAAUAAUGUAUGUCCGUUGAAUUCACUUGUUGGGUUACAUGACCACUGAAAAGUCUGCAAAGUCACUACAAUAUUCCAGUGUUGUCUUGGCCAAUAAUAUGAGACUGUUGUUCUGUCACUCACAAAGGAUCAUCUUUUGAUCACGAGACAAUAUCAGAAAGGUUUGUACUGAUAUGUCAGAGAGAUUUGGUCUUGGAGCCCUAAGUUUCUUGGUAUCCUCCCAAGUAUACCUGCCAAGGGGCUAAUGGUAACCCUGUCUUUCUACCUGGUGUUCAGUAUUGUGACCCUGCAGUUGCCGGUGACCUUCAGCAUUGUGUGAACACUUUCUCCAGUAUGGUGAGGGCAGUGGUGCAGAGCAACAUAUGGACAAUUUUUAUUUUAUUUCUCAAUUUUCUUUCUCUGCAUUGUUGGAAAGGACCCGUAAGUAAGCAUUGCACUUCUUUCUCUCUGCAUUGCUGGGAAGGGCCCGUAAGUAAGCAUUGUACUGUUAAGUUCACACCAGUUGUUUACGAAGCAUGUGACAAAUAACAUUUGAUUUACCUCAGCUCCUCCAUCCUGUUUGCUUCAGUGGCCAUCUGCCUGAUCUGCUGCAACUCAUUUAGCAGUAGCCAUCCCUGGACCCUGGUGGGUCACACGCACUCACAAACACAUAAACACAACCCCAUCACAACUAGCUAGACCAGCGACUGACCAACUGGCCCAUGCAAAGUCACUAAGUAAAUACUGAAGUGUGGUUUAGACUGCAUUGAGCUCUAAAUGUAUCUGCUCACAUAUAGAUAUAAAGUAUACAAUUGUUUUUUAGAUGUGUUCACAAACAUUAUUUAAAAAGUGAAGUUUACCGGUGAUGGUUAUAAAUGUAUCUUACUGUAUUCACAGUUCCCUAUUGGUUAAUGCCAAAUACAUUCUCCUAGAACUUAGUUGCAUGACUAAUGAGAACAACCAUCUUUGAUCUUGCUUUGAUUCUAUCACCACUUAAACACAAUGAUAGGAUAACGUGAGAUUUGGGAUUGAGUGAGUGGUAUUUUAAGUGUUAUGGUGUGUGUACUGCCUCUAGUCAGUGGUCGCUCUUAGCCUUUCCUACAUGGUCGGCACUGUGGCCUCAUUCGACAACACUGCUGUAGUCAUCGCCAUGGGAGCAACAGUGGUCAUCUCCUUCACCAUCAUCAUCAUCUUCUCAGCCCAGACUCGAGUGGACUUCACGUUUUGCAAUGGCAUCCUGCUGGUGCUGGCAGUGGACCUUCUCAUGUUCAGCUUCUUCUGCUGUUUCUACCACUCCCAUGUGCUGCAGAUAGUCUACGGAUCUCUGGGAGCCCUGCUCUCCUCACUGAUACAGAACUCACUCAAUGUUAUAUCUCCUUUUAUUAGGCCCUUUCUAUUUAUGCAGCCUUGUAGCCAGAAUGAAUACCCCCAUCUAUUGCACCCUAAACCCUUUCUUUCCCCCGACACCUUUUCCCUCCUGGUGAUUAACUGCCAGCUGGUAAUGGGCAGGCAGAAGUAUGCCCUGGAUCCAGAGGAGUAUGUAUUUGCUGCCCUGAUCCUGUCCAUCAUAAACAUAUUCCUCUACCUGCUCAUCCUAAUGGGAAGCUCUGGCAAAUAAUUAACUCAUGGAUGAUUGUCAUACUGUACCAUGACACUCAUUUCCAGCUACAGCUUUUAGCUCUCCAAACACGCAUACAAAAUCCCUGAACAUGUUCACAAUGAACACAGUUAAUAAUUUUUUUUACAUAUUUGUCGAGCUCUUACAGAAUUACUUUGUCAUGUAUUUGUUAUCAAUAAAAUCAGUUUUGUGUUUAA